CCCGCUCGGAAGCCGGAUCCCGAGCCGGGCAGGAUGGAUCAUCACCAGGCGGGGACUGGCCGCUACCAGGUGCUUCACAAUGAAGAGGAUAAUUCAGAAUCAUCUGCUAUAGAGCAGCCAUCCACUUCAAACCCAACACCACAGGUUAUGCAUCCUGCUCCUUCAACACCAGCACUUGAGACGGACUCUUCUCCUCCACCCUAUAGCAGUAUUACUGUGGAAGUACCUACAACUUCAGAUACAGAAGUUUACAAUGAGUAUUAUCCCGUGCCACCUCCCUACAGUGUUGCUACCUCUCUUCCUACAUACGAUGAAGCUGAGAAGGCCAAAGCUGCUGCCAUGGCAGCUGCAGCAGCAGAAACAUCUCAAAGAAUUCAGGAAGAAGAGUGUCCACCAAGAGAUGACUUCAGUGAUGCAGACCAGCUCAGAGUGGGUAAUGAUGGGAUUUUCAUGCUUGCCUUUUUCAUGGCAUUUAUUUUCAACUGGCUUGGAUUUUGUUUAUCCUUCUGCAUCACCAACACCAUAGCUGGGAGGUAUGGUGCUAUCUGUGGAUUUGGCCUUUCAUUGAUCAAAUGGAUCCUUAUUGUCCGGUUUUCUGAUUAUUUUACUGGAUAUUUCAAUGGACAGUAUUGGCUUUGGUGGAUAUUUCUUGUACUUGGCCUGCUUCUUUUCUUCAGAGGAUUUGUGAAUUAUCUAAAAGUCAGAAACAUGUCUGAAAGUAUGGCAGCUGCUCAUAGAACAAGAUAUUUCUUCUUAUUAUAGAGACUCCAUCAAGCUGACAUUCCUUUCUUAUACCAAUGUGAAAUUUCCAGAUCAUCUGUAAACCUACGACUUUAAUAGGAUAGAAGACUACUAAUAACAAGACAAGUUAGUGAAGAAAAGAUAGAGCUUCAGAAUUAAAUGGAAGGGUGGUUUAUACUUAAAAGCUAUUUCUGUUCAUUGAAUAUCUAUAUUUCAUUUGUUUUGCACUUAUAUAUGUGCCCAUUUAAAAGAUUUGCAUAUACUUGAAAGAAACCGUAAAGUUACAGCAGUAAAGUCCAGUCACAUUUGGUUAAUAAGUGUUUGAUAUGACUGAAAGAGUUGAAUGAUAAACAGUCUUCCAUUAUGUAAAUGCCAUUGACUUCUGACCUGACAUUUAGUAUAAUAAAAAUGAAAUUAUUAACCAUGUCAAAUGUUAGAUUCAUUGAGUAAUUCUACAUAUGAAACAUCUUUUGUUAUACAUAAAGUUUAUUGAAACCUGCAGUGCUGAUUGUUAGAAAGGAUUUGCCAGAUUUUUGAACAUAUUUACAUUAUUAUUUAGGAAAACUCUUCUGUGAAUAACCAUGCAUAAAUUACUUUUUUGCAUUGUUUUCUUAGAAAUUGUGUCUCGAUAUCUCUAAUUUUAAGUUAAAUGGACUAAGUAUAUACAGAAAACUCAAAUGCUAAAGAUAAAGUUUGUUUUGGACAAAUUUCAAGAAAAUGUGGGUAUACCAAAAGUCCCUUAUAAGAAAAAAAUUUUUUAAGGGACAUACUAGUUUUAGAGAUUUUUCAAAUGAGUAGCUUGGUUUUUAGGGUUGCCCAUCUUAGAGAUUCUUGCAGGAAGAGAUUGUAUUGGAUAUUAUAUUUAUUUCAUUUAAGAUACUUUUGAAAAUUAAUUUUCCAAAUAAGAUAAUUUUCAUUUGCAUUUGUCUUCUCAAAAGCCAAUAAAUCUUUCAAUAUCAGUUUAAUAAUUUUUUUCUCUAGAUGCUUAAUUUGUAAAGCUUAGCAAAUAAAAUCUUGUGCUAUUAAUAGCUUCUUGCUUUGUGAUUAUAGGAUUUUAACUUUUAAAAAACUUAUCUUGAAUUGAGAUAUGCAAAAUUCCCAUUUUCAAGUUAUGGAAAUGUGUCUAUGGAACAUAGGGGUGGGGGAUGUGUGUGUGUGGUGAGAGUGUGUAACCAUUAUUACAAUUGUAAUCUAAUUUACAUUCUUAACCUACUACAUUUAGCAUCUUGCAAAUCUUUUUAUGUUUUUCUUUUCAGUUAUAUCUUUGCUUUUGUGUGCCAACAGUAAAAAUGAUGGUAUAUCAUCUUUUAAACUUAGAAAUUAUUUAAUUCAGCUAUAUAGAACAUAUAAAAUUAAUUUCUUAUUUAUUAUGAGACACUACUACUAAAAGGUACAUCUGACUAUUCAGGGGCAUUUUUCCAUUUCUGAAAAAAUAAAAUUUAUUAUGCUUUAUAACUUCUUGUAUUUCUCUGUAUUUUCUGAUUUUUUCAUUGUCUUUGAUAAAUAAAACAUACAGUUUUGUUUUGCUAAUUGAGCCUCCUAUUUUUUGUUUUCUCUCAUUCAGUUUACUUACCUACAUAGAAUUUUUACUGUUGAUUAAAGUGUCUGUAUUAUACCCCUUUAAGUAAAAUAAUAGCAUGGGGUAAAGUAAACAAUAUAUAAUUUAGUUGUCUAAUUUGGAAAUUAAUUAAAAUUAGAAUGUACUGAUAACCUGCAAACUCAUGCUGUAUCUCUUCUCUAUCUCAUAUUAAUUUCUUAUAUAUCUAUGCUUUGUUCUUUUAAUAAUUUUAAAUGAUUAAUUUCUUAAAGCUUAAUUGCUUUGAUACAUGGUAAUUUUAAAAUACUAGGAAGCUCAGCUAUCAAACAUCAAUUUAUUAAAAUUUCAUUUUGGUUUUUAUGGUAUAUAUACUUGGUUUCUGAAUAUGGAUAUGUUACUUUUGAUCCAAAAUCAAAACUUCACCUUUUGUUUUGAUUUUUUCCCCCAAAUCUAUAGCGUUCAAGUGUACAUAAUACUUAGUUCUCUAUAAUUAGUAUAAUUCAAUGGUAGCCUUAAAUCUCAUCAUACAAGGCAGGGGAAUCAGAAUGUUAUUUUCAGAAACAUUCUCAUCCAGAUUUAUCAAAUCCUACAUACAUCCUUUCAUUUCCUGUGAGCUUGAAUAGCUGCUGUUGUGUUUGGGGGACACUUAAUCAUCCUUGAAUCUUGCCUUAAAGAUUGAAAAUCAAAAUUCUUGUUAGGGUGUCCAAACAUUUUUGAAUGAAUGUGAACUGGGACUUGGAAGUUCAUGCAAAAAUUUCUUAAAUUAUUUCUAUUGUGCUUGAAUAAGCUAGUUAUGGCCAGGAUAAUCCACUGUAUGUAUUUAUGCAAUAAGCUGAAUUUUAAGGCAAAGAUACAUUUUUCUAUAUAAUGAAUUCAAGAUAGAGUUUAGACAUUUAAAAUUAAAAUACAAAUCCCACUAUAUUCAGUCAAAAUGAAAAUCCCUGCUUAAUAGAUUAAAAAUACUAAUCUCUAGCCUCUAGGGAUAUUUAUCCCAUUUGAGACAUGCCUUUGAAGUUGUCCGUAGAUUUUUACCUGUUAAAAGAAUAAUCACUAAUCUUUCCAGUAAAAACCUCUUAUAACAGGAAAAGAGCAGUCAGUCCAGAAUAUCUAACUAGAGAAAAUUUUGUGUUUUUUGACUGGCAUGUAUUGUUUAAAAAAGCAUAAAAAAUAAUGAUAGUGAAUGUGAUACUGUACUUAAUGAAUAUAACAUGUAUCCCAAGUUGACUCAGAACAGUUUUGGUUAUUCCUGUUUUCCUAGCUUAACUAAAUAGUGCCUCCUCUGACUCUCAAAAGUUUCCUAAUUUGGAGGAUAAGUUAUAUGAUCACCGCGUGUAUAAUCGUAUACUGUACUGAAAAGUGACUACCUUAGCCCUGCUGCCCUUUGAGAGGUGGAACUGGAGUAAGGGCAGCAACCAGUUAUUGUUAUCACAGCUUUUUCUAACCAUUUGUUUGGCCUAUAGAAGAAGAAUAGUAUCUUUUUUUUUUUUAAAUGGAAGUUGUAUUUGAAUGAUUCCAGCUAAUAGUAAACAAUAUAUGGCUUUUAUAUUUUUAAACUGCUGUUAAAUGUCAUUUUAAAUGUUUAUUAGUCACUUAAUUCUUCAAAUAGCCAUAUGAAGUAUUAGUAUAUUAUUUGAUAAAGUUCAACUAUUAGAUGAUAAUGUGCCAUUCAUUAUUAUAGGAAUGUCCUUGCCCAUAUAAAAAACACGCUGGCAUGUAUUUUACUUGUUAAUAAAGCUAUGUAGAUGUGGAAGUGUGAA